UGAUUCUUAAAAUUGUAACGGGACGCCGCCCACUGGCUUUCUGUGUCGUUGUUCUCUCACAUUGAUUCUUCGGCGGUUUUGCGUCUCUCGCAUUCCCUUCGGUAUCGGAGCCGUCAACCGGAGGACUCCGACCAUUUUUCUGAGGGAAUACGAGAAGAGUAUUUUUCAAUUCUUUACUUUCACAAUCUCCUUCUUCUUCUCUCUUCGUUAUCGGAAGAAUUUCCCUUUCUCAAUCUUCGCUGCACGGCCAUUCAGAUCGAGCUGCAGUUUUGAAGCAUUUGAAUCGAAUAAGAGUUCUUUUUUUUUUCAAGGUUUUCGGAGAUUGAUUCUGUUGAACUUUUGUAACUGUUUUAUUAUUCGUCGAAAUAACUCAUGGAAGGCGCAUUGAAUCUUCUUGGAGGCGUAACUAUUUGCCCUGCCUCUACGCGUUGCCAAUCUUUAUUGUCUCCGCGGCUUCAUUUUGUGUCGUCCAUUGCGCAAAGUGCUGGAUUGUACACGAAUUGCAAAAGAUUUUCUUGUAGACGUGUUGGUUCGAGAGUCAGAUGCGAAAGGAAUGUUGCAGAUGUGCUUGAUAGAAAAGUUACUGAGUCUAGAAGUUCUGGGGAAAAUGAGCAACAGUUUACAUGUGUCAUGAAGUUUGGUGGCUCAUCAGUGGCUUCUGCGGAGAGAAUGAUGGAGGUUGCUGAACUUAUACGAAGCUUCCCUGAGGAGCGGCCAGUGAUUGUUCUCUCGGCCAUGGGAAAGACAACCAAUAAACUAUUGCUGGCUGGAGAAAAGGCUGUUAGCUGUGGCGUUACUAAUGCAUCAGAUAUUGACGAGAUGAAAUUCAUAAAAGAGUUGCAUCUGAGGACUGCAGACGUGCUUGGUGUCGAUAGGUCUAUUAUUGCAAAUCACCUUGAUGAAUUGGAGCAACUUCUCAAGGGAAUUGCUAUGAUGAAAGAAUUGACUCUUCGAACCAGAGAUUACUUAGUUUCCUUUGGGGAGUGCAUGUCCACAAGGAUUUUUGCUGCCUAUUUAAGUAGGAUUGGUGUCAAAGCGCGUCAAUAUGAUGCAUUUGAAAUGGGAUUUAUCACCACAGAUGACUUCACAAAUGCUGACAUUUUGGAAGCAACCUAUCCUGCUGUUGCAAAAAGGCUACUUGGUGAUUGGAAUUCUGAUCCUGCUAUUCCUAUUGUUACUGGCUUCCUUGGGAAGGGCUGGAGAUCAUGUGCAGUGACUACAUUGGGAAGGGGUGGUAGUGAUUUGACCGCUACAACCAUAGGCAAAGCACUUGGAUUGCGGGAGAUUCAGGUGUGGAAAGAUGUUGAUGGUGUUUUGACUUGUGACCCUAAUAUACAUUCAGGUGCAGAACCUGUUCCCUUUUUGACCUUUGACGAGGCAGCUGAACUUGCUUAUUUUGGAGCUCAGGUCCUGCAUCCACAAUCGAUGCGACCAGCUAGGGAGGGUGAUAUUCCCGUUCGGGUGAAAAAUUCAUAUAAUCCUCAAGCUCCAGGUACUCUCAUCACCCGGAACAGAGAUAUGAGCAAGGCGGUAUUGACAAGUAUUGUUUUGAAACGCAAUGUGACCAUGUUGGAUAUCGUUAGUACUCGCAUGCUUGGCCAAUAUGGUUUUCUUGCCAGGGUGUUUGCAAUCUUUGAGGAUUUGGGCAUAUCAGUCGAUGUGGUUGCUACUAGUGAAGUCAGUUUAUCCCUGACCUUGGAUCCAUCAAAGCUUUGGAGCAGAGAGCUUAUCCAGCAGGCAAGCGAGCUUGAUCAUGUGGUGGAAGAACUCGAGAAAAUUGCCGUUGUGAAACUGCUUCAGCAUAGAUCAAUCAUUUCUCUCAUAGGAAAUGUUCAAAGGUCAUCACUGAUACUGGAAAAGGCAUUUCAUGUUCUUCGUACCAAUGGAGUAAAUGUUCAAAUGAUAUCCCAGGGUGCUUCUAAGGUCAAUAUCUCGUUGAUUGUCAAUGACAAUGAGGCGGAACAAUGCGUUCGGGCUCUCCAUUCGACCUUUUUCGAGGUAGACGAACUCGAUGUAGAUGCAGGUUGCAUAUCUCAAAAUGGUUCAGUCUCGGCCAGCAACACUGUGUGAGCAUUGAAGCCCAUUUUUUCGUCUUGAGAAGAUGUAUUUUUCCAUAUGAGGAAGGAGCAACCGUAGCAGUUGGUAUAUAUUAUAUUGUCAUUGAAAUCGGGCAAGUUGAGUUACUUUCUUCUAUUGGUUUGAUUAGAUAAACUGUGCUGCUAAUAGUUUAGUAUUUUAAUUAAUUCAGGAAAAGAGAAAAUUAGGAUUUAUGGUUUAUGGUGUACACUACUAAAGUUCCAUAAAUGUUUUAUGUGCAUUUUUAUAUCCUAGCCCAUCAGUUGAGAAAUAUAUAUGAAGUAGUAAAUCAGUACGUUCAUUAGUGAUGAAUAAUAAGUCAUUAUUUCUUUCGAAUUGAUAGUA